UUCGGUCUUCGGCUUGCCAUACAGUCUCGCCUUCCACGGUGUGCACAGGGGCAUAUGAUCAGUAUUUGGUCGUUAGACGACAGGGCGUUAGACGGAAGUGAGUGCAAUUUUUGGCGCGAUCUGUACGCGUUGUGAAAUUGCGGUUGUGAUUUUACGCGAACUCCACAGUGCGAUUUUGACAUGUUUUCAUUGUUCUCUAAGGCGCCCUAACCACCCAAACCACCAAACGCCACAGUGGAAUAAAUGACAUCCCCCGACAAAAACUCUAACUAAUACGCGCCCACAGAAUAAACCCAUCGAAAAUGGCGACCAUCUGUUUCCGGCCGCCGCCGCUGCCACCGAACAAAAAGUCCGGCGGCGGCCCUUUCGCGAACGCGUCCCGCUCCCGGAAAAACAGCAACGGAUCGCUCUCGUCCACCUACAUGAGCUUCCGGGACCCGAGCGAGGACUGCGACAUCUCGCUCGGCGGCGAGGAGAUCGAGAUGACCGACAUGAGCGAGAAGGGCGCGAAGGCGAAGCGUUUCGCGAAGAUCGGCCACACGAACUCGCUGUGCCGCGGCAGCAGGGCCAAGGUGACGCUGGUGCGCAGCCAUUCCGACGGCAACCUGGACAAGAAGGGCCUGGAUCAGCCCCUGACCAUCAACAGGUACAUGAGGGUGCUGAGCGGCAGCUGGAAGAACCUGCUUAACUUGGGCGGCAUGUCACGGCCCCCAAAGCCGGCGGCCACCGCAAAGAAAGUCGCCCCCCCAGCAGUGCCCCACGAAUUUCGUCAUUCCGGAAGCUCCUUUGGAUCGGCAGGAUACGCCUCCUCGGAAGACACCGGCUUUUUAGCCCCAUCGGAAACACCUGGUGUGCCUAGAGAUGACCAUUCCGAUUAUGGAAGUACAGUCAGCGGAAGUACGGGAAAAUCCCCAGGACCCAUAUUUCCAGCCCCGCAAUUCACAUUUCCUGGACAGCCACCGCCCGGCACUGUACUUACCCACAAAGCGGCCGUGUACUACCACCAUCAGUAUAGUCUACAGGAGGAUCAGGGUAUCGACAUGACACAGUCUCCAGGACGGGAUAGUCCAGGAUCUUCCAGCGGCAGCGCAGGUUCCGGAUCCCGCCACAGCACCGCCUCCUUGGACAGCGGCAGGGCGUCCUACCAUCCGCUCAGCACGGCCGGAAGGAGCACCAUAGGAUCGUCAAACAGUCCCAGGUGCUCCCUCAGCUCCUGCUCCAUCGGUUCCGAUCAGGGCCGGAUAGAGAGGAUGAUCGGACAGGGCGUUCCGGAUCACGACAUCAUACACGCCUGGUUGGUGGACCUACAGUUCGAGGAUUACUUUUCGCUGUUCGUUCUGGCCGGCUACGACCUUCCGACCAUAGGCAGGAUGACGCCGGAGGAUCUGACGGCGAUAGGAAUAAAAAAUCCGAUACACAGGAAGCGGCUCAAAGCGGAAAUAGCGAAACUGAAUUUGCCGGACAAUUUGCCUGAAUUUAUACCGGGGUCCCUCGAGGAAUGGCUGCACCUCUUGCGUCUGGACGAGUACCUGCCCGCCUUCAUACAGCAGGGCUACCAGACCGUGGAUCACGUGACGGAACUGGCAUGGGAGGAUCUGGAAGAGUUCGGCAUCGUCAAGCUGGGCCAUCAGAAGAAGAUAAUGCUGGCCAUAAAGAGGAUCAAGGAUAUCAAGGCGGGAAAACGCAUAGGGAACGACAGGAUUUGCACGACGCAGGACGUACUGGUGCACGCACCCCUGGGACCACCCUCGCCCACAGGCCUGGCCCCCACAGUCCACAGCACCUUCCACUCCUUCCACCAGCCCUGGGAGUUGGACCAGACGAGGCAGCUGGCUGCGUCCGCCACCGGCACCCCCCAACACUACGUGCCGUUGUACCGUACCGAUAUCGUGCCGAUAAAGAUACGAACAGGACGCGGCAAAUCCCUCGAAUCGCUGGAGGAUCCCAACGAAAGGACGCACCUCACCUUCACGUCGGAAAACACGCAGACGUUCUACUACCAACAGCCCAUCGGAUGGAGGCCUUGGUCUUACGACGACGGCGACAUAACACCUACCAACGAAUCCGUGAUACUCUACGAAGGCGGGGGAACCCUACCGAGACCCAGAGGCGUGAUCAAACCCAGACCGGUGGCCAAGAUAGCAGCCAAGGCCAGAGAAACCUUCCCCGACUUCGAGAAGCCGCAGUUUAGCACGGAGAAAUACGCGAAUCCCCAGUACAAAACGCUGCCGCGAGACAUGAUCGACUCCGGCAAGUACCACGCGCAGUACAGCCCCAUGAUGGGCAAGAAGAUACCUCCGCACCCGCCCAAGAGGCAAGAUUCGGAGUGUUCGCACGAGCAGACCACUACGGUGGAGAUCCACCACGUGCAGACGUCUAGUCCGCUGCCGCUCCCGGCGUACCCCAGUUCGGACAGUCUCAGUAUAUCGUUGGAUAACCAGGGGGACCUGCCGCUGCCGCCGCCCCCGGCGCCAGGGACGCCGCCCGGUAGCGCCCACUCGAAGUUGAACUCUUCGCAGAGCUGGAGCGCCGAGGAACAGGAGCUCAUCAAGUCGCUGGCGUUGCAGCACAGAAACGGUUCCGACGCAAGUUUUAAGUCGAGUUCCAGUACAGAAUCAGAUUCGCUGCCUUUCGCCAACGAGAACGCCGGCACGAUAAGGACAAGAGCCAGCGGCAGACCAGUAGAGUACUCCCCCGCGAAGCCCAGGACCUCCCUACCCCCUCAUCCGUCCCCCACCCCGAACAGGCAGCAGGCCGUGGCGAGAAACAACCCCAGGGCCGAGCCAGCGGACGUACUGAACGACAUCGGAAACAUGCUGGCCAACCUGACGGACGAACUAGACGCCAUGUUAGAAGAGGAGAAGAGACAGCAGUAACAGUAAAGUAAUAAGACUGAAUGUCCACUAUCUUCAAAUGUGUAAAGGGUAAGAGCGUUCUCGUAUUAAUCCCUUAUUUAGAGCAAUGUAGGGACCACCUUUUCUCGCAACAAUUCGUCACAUGUCUCGUUUUCCAAAGUCUCCAAGUGAAAUAAUCGGAACUGGAGGAAACGCGGUGACGUAACGUUACCGCGAGUGACAUAUGACAGGUGACAGGGCCGUCAAUUCGAACAUUUCUCUAUGAUCCAGCAUUCCGAAAGAACGAAAGUUGUUGAACUGGGCCGCGUUUUCUCCAUUUCCGUUCCGUUAAAUUGAAAUUCGUCGAUGUGAAACCUUACCCUUUAAACAGUUGUGAUAUUUUUGUAUGAGAUAGGGCUUAGUGACACCUUAAGUAGAUUAUCGUUCAUUUCCUGUAAAUAUUUUGAGAAUUUUUUAUAGAAUUUUGUAAAUAUUUUUAGAUAGGGGUUUUGAAUUAUUACAUUGUAAAAAUUGUAAAUUUAAUUUGGUUAUAUAUCUUGUUUGAGUUAUGUAGCUGAUGCAUUGACAUUGAGUUUUGCGGAAAGCCCAUCGUCAAUGGAAAUAUAAUUUUGAACCGUUUAUACGAUCGAUGUUUAUUUUCAAUAUUCGAAAUUUCCAUACAUCUGCGAAAACUGUCAACUGUAAUCCGUUGAUGUCAAUGCAUAUUAUUCCUAUAAAUGGCGCUAGAUGGAUUCUCCCUGAUUUCGGUAUGAUUUGAUCUCGGUGUGAGUUGUUUUUCAGAGUAUAAUUUGAAUGUGGGGUCGAGGAAAAAUGACUUUUAUAUAAAACAAAUGAAUAUCAGUAGUGACAGAUGAACACUAGAUCUUGUACUGAAGAUUAGAACAUAGAAACAUGUUCUGUAUUUAUAUUUUGAGGCCAUCGUCGAGUAGUUGGCAUGGAUAGAAGUUCGAUAUACAUACCUAAUUUAGAUGUUGACUGUUCGAGUUUGUUCAACCUUAGUACCGAAAUGGAAUCUGGGGUGCUUUAGACCGAAUUUAAUCGUUACGCGUACACCCUGACUAUAAAUCGCCUCCACUGUUUCUAUUCUCGGAUAAAACAUUCAUAAUUGAAUAUUAGGAAUCAAAAUACAUUUCCGAUGCUCUCAACAUAUGUUCAAGAGAGCUAAAGCCCAAAAACGUUGCUCCGAAAUGUGAUGACUGGAUCCGUGAAGCUAAGUGGUUUUAAAAUUCGAAAAAGGCGAUAAUACUUCAACAAACCGACAAAAAGAUUGCGUAGAGCUAAAAAUAUGUUCAUACAUACCUCUAUCACAUCAUCUGGGAACCUGAUACACAACCUCACAAUCAAACUUUUCUCACAAUAAGGCACGACUCAUGAAUUCAAAAAUUAUUAUUUCUAUCUGUCAUCAACAACAUACCAUAGAAUUCAUGUGAUGAUUUAUUUAAUCACGGAUUAUCUCACACUGUUAUUUAGAUUCUAUACUUCAAUUUCAUUUAUGAAUCCAUCAUUGAAGUAAAAUAUUUUCAUCCAAUAAUUGAAAAAAUCACGUUACAAUCCAAAUAAUAUCUUCAGAUCGAUGAAGACGCAAGUUUUAAAUCUAAAUAUACCGAAACUACCGUUAUUUACCAUUACCUACCUCUUUGUGGAGAUUUCAAGAUGACAGUUGUUUCCAUGAAAGAUUUUCUGUGUUAGUCAUCUGUGUAGGGGCAAAACUCAACGUGUUGUUUUUUCCUGAAUAAAUUCUCUCGAAAUCUUAUAUUAUCAACGUCAUCGCCUUUUUAUUGCGCCCAUUCUAUUUAUCUAACAUCGAUUCUCGGCCGAAAAUUCACACUCGAAAGAAAUUUCGAGAAUUUAGAGUAAUUUUCAGUUUGUUGGGUAUAAUUUUUAGCUCUAUGCAAUUUUUUUCUUUACUGUAAUCCAUCACCGGGUUACUUUGAUUCAGCUGCGUAUCAUCCAUAUACAUAGAGAAUAGACUGAGCCAUCCUUAUUCAGCUGUACAGUAAAUAUAGCGGAAAAAUGUGAGAAAGAAUACCUGGCAUGCGGCCAUUAGUUGUCUUUUUCUAGAAUUUUGAUUGUUCAACAUUCACGUCUAUGUCCACAGAAAAGAGACAAGUAUUGGCCGCAUCAUAGUUUUGUCUCUUUCUGCAGAUUAGACAUUUCAUGUUCGGUAUAUUCCUUAUGUCUAUGGUAUCAUCGUUUUGAAAAGAAAACCUAACCGCAAUCUAUACCACAACCAAUAUAUAUUUUGGGACGCCUAUCCAAUUGGUCUACUGAUAUUGUGCCAUACUUCUUUGAAAGCCUAUGUAUAUUUACGUUGAAAACCAGUACAUGUAUAAAAUCAAAUAUUACCGUUAUAUUUGUGUUGAAACUACUUGAUGGCAUAACGUUAUACGUCUCUUUUCCUGUAAUAAAUGUUGAUAAGAUUUUACUUAACAUAUAGAUUUUAUUAUUAUAAAUUAUUUUAAUGACGCAUUAUUAAUUACAAAUUUUGUAUUUGCAAUUCGAUUAUAUUUCUUUAUUGUAUUGUUUAAUUGUUAACAAUGAAUAUAUAGAUCAAUAAACAAAUAUACACUUAUAA